AUGUCUAUCUUUCAACAGAUAUUUCCUCCCUCCCCUACAUUCACUGAAAAAGAUAUCCCCGACCAGACAGGAAGGGUAUUCAUUAUAACAGGGGGCGCAUCAGGAAUCGGCUUUGAAGCUGUCAAUCUUCUCUACGCCCAGCAUGCAGCCGUCUACAUAGCCACCCGGUCCGUCGAGAAGAUCAAAAACGCCAUCGAGACAAUCAAAGCCCAGCACCCCUCCAGCCACGGCCGACUCGAGUCGCUGAUCGUCGACCUCGCAGACCUGCGCACAAUCAAACCGGCUGUUCUGGACUUCCAGCAGCGCGAGCCUCGCCUCGACGUUGUAGUCCAUAAUGCCGGCGUGAUGAUGCCGCCGCGGGGGAGCACCACGGCGCAGGGUCACGAUCUCGAGAUGGGCACGAACUGUCUGGGACCGUUCCUUCUACAGCAUUACUUGCAGGAUAUAAUGUGUCGAACGGCGGGUACAGCAUCUCCGGGCUCUGUGCGUGUUGUCUGGCUUUCUUCCAUGCUGGGCGUGGGAACCGUGCCUGGCGGGAUAGAGAUGGAGGCUGCUACAGGAGGUCCUGUCAUCAAUACCGAUCCAAUGAAGAAUUACAUGCAAUCUAAAGUAGGGAAUGUCUUUCUGGCCCAUGAGGUGGCGCAGAGACUUGCUGCUGAUGGCAUAUUGAGUGUGAGCGUCAAUCCUGGUCUGAUGAAAACAGAUCUACAACGGCAUAUGCCUCCACUAGCUGGAAGAAUUAUGAAAACGUUCUUCAAACCCGCGAAAUGGGGCGCAUACACUGAGCUCUACGCUGCGCUGUCUCCGGAUCUGACUCUCGAGCACAGUGGAGGCCACAUCAUCCCCUGGGGACGGUAUUGCUCGCGGUCCAUCCCGGAGCACAUUGCCAACGGUCUCAAGGGUGAGAGCGAGGGGGGGACGGGGACUUCAGAGAAGUUCUGGCAGUGGUGUGAGGGGGUGACGGAGGAGUAUCAAUGA